CUCGGCGGCUAGGUCCCCGAGCCUGCGGGCCACGCGCCGCCGCCGCCGCCGUCGCCGUCGCCCUCUUCGGAGGCGGGAGGGGCUGGCGGAGGAGGCGCGUCGUCGGAAGCCAUGUUUGUGGCGCGCAGCAUCGCGGCGGACCACAAGGAUCUCAUCCACGAUGUCUCUUUCGACUUCCACGGACGGCGGAUGGCCACCUGCUCCAGCGACCAGAGCGUCAAGGUCUGGGAUAAAAGUGAAAGUGGAGAUUGGCAUUGUACUGCUAGCUGGAAGACCCAUAGUGGAUCCGUGUGGCGUGUGACGUGGGCCCAUCCUGAAUUUGGACAGGUUUUGGCUUCCUGUUCUUUUGACCGAACAGCUGCUGUAUGGGAAGAAAUAGUAGGAGAAUCCAAUGACAAACUGCGAGGACAGAGUCACUGGGUGAAGAGGACAACUCUAGUGGACAGCAGAACAUCGGUUACUGAUGUGAAGUUUGCUCCUAAACAUAUGGGUCUUAUGUUAGCGACCUGUUCAGCAGAUGGUAUAGUAAGAAUAUAUGAGGCACCAGACGUUAUGAAUCUCAGCCAGUGGUCGCUGCAGCAUGAGAUCUCAUGUAAGCUAAGCUGUAGUUGUAUUUCUUGGAACCCUUCAAGCUCCCGUGCUCAUUCUCCAAUGAUUGCUGUAGGCAGCGAUGACAGUAGUCCAAAUGCAAUGGCCAAGGUUCAGAUUUUUGAGUACAACGAAAACACCAGGAAAUACGCAAAAGCCGAAACUCUCAUGACAGUCACUGAUCCUGUACAUGAUAUUGCGUUUGCUCCAAACUUGGGAAGAUCUUUUCAUAUUCUAGCAAUAGCAACCAAAGAUGUCAGAAUUUUUACAUUAAAGCCUGUGAGGAAAGAACUUACUUCCUCUGGUGGGCCAACAAAAUUUGAAAUCCACAUAGUGGCUCAGUUUGAUAAUCAUAAUUCUCAGGUCUGGCGAGUAAGUUGGAAUAUAACUGGAACAGUGCUGGCCUCUUCAGGAGAUGAUGGCUGUGUAAGACUGUGGAAAGCUAAUUAUAUGGACAACUGGAAGUGCACUGGCAUCUUGAAAGGUAAUGGGAGCCCAGUCAAUGGGAGUUCUCAGCAAGGAAACUCAAACCCUUCCCUAGGUUCAAAUAUUCCAAGUCUUCAAAACUCAUUAAAUGGAUCUUCUGCUAGCAGGUAUUUCUUUCCCCCUCUGGAUUCCCCACGGGCUGGAUCGAGAUGGUCCAGUUAUGCCCAGCUCCUUCCUCCUCCUCCUCCUCCUCCUCCUCCUCCUCUGCUAGAGCCCUCUUGCGAUGCUGACACUGCCAACCUCCAGUAUCCUCACCCUCGCAGACGAUCUCUCUCUCGGCCUCUUAAUCCCUUACCUGAGAAUGAAGGGGUUUAAAACACUGACUUAAUAUUUAAAGGCCUUAUUCAAAUGCUUGUAAAUGCUUUCAUUCCUGGCUGCUUUUUGUUUUUCUUCUUUUUCUUUCAGAAGACUUUUCUUAUUUAGGGUCUGUCUUGCAUGUAUCACAACCAGAACACAGUGUUUGGAACCUAAACCUGUUUGUGAGUCUGCAUCAAAGGAACAUUGGCUUCACUGGUUGAUAACCUUUGAUGAAAUGUGUACAAAUAACAUCAACUGUGAAAAUUACACAGUAGCUGACUUCCAAGUGCCUGUUUUGUAAAUUUUAUUUUGAAUUGUUAUCAUAGUCUUAAAUUCUGCUUUGUCAUACUGGUUAAUGUGAAAACAUCAUUAUGGAAUUCAUUCUGCCUUUGAGACAUAUUAAGAAAUGUUUUUAAUUUUUACAGGCUAAAUGUUGUGACUAAUGUGUAAAAUAAAUCAUUCCUGUGUAUAAAGCAGCAAAACAA